AUGUCCAACAUUCAGUAUCCCGACGCGGACGUCGAAAAGAAACUACCUAUCGAUCACAUCGAAGCCGAUGACGAUGUCGAACCCGGCAUCGAUUAUGUCGAGGGAACAGAUGAAGAAAAGGCGUUGGUCAGGAAGAUGGAUACAAGGUUGUUUCCCAUCCUCUGGUUCAUGUAUAUUUUCAAUUAUCUUGACCGGACCAACAUCGGAAACGCUCGGAUCGGUGGCAUGGAGCGAGACCUCAAGCUCUCAUCCUCCGACUAUUCCCUCGCUCUAUCGAUCUUUUUCGUCGGGUAUCUUCUCGCAGAGGUCCCCUCUAACAUGUUACUCGUCCGUUCUCGACCCUCCCUCUUCUUGCCUGCCCUAAUGUUCAUCUGGGGGGCAAUGAGCGUUGGCGCAAAGGGAAUGACGAACCUGGCAGGUCUAGUCGCGUUCAGAUUCUUUUUGGGAAUCGUCGAGGCUGGAUUCUUUCCCGGGGUCAUACUUUUGUUGAGUUGCUGGUACAAGCCCGACGAGCUUUCGAAACGACUCGCCAUUUUUUACUCAGCGGCACUGAUGGCCGGAGCUUUCGGAGGAUUGUUGGCGGGCGUGAUCACAGAGUAUAUGGAUGGGCUAGGCUCAACCCCCGGGUGGCAAUGGCUGUUCAUCAUUGAAGGGCUCGGAACGGUUGUCAUCGCCGUGGUCGCCGUCUUCGUUUUGCCUGACUACCCGACCACAACCCGCUGGCUGAAUGACCGCGAGAAGAAACUCGCUGUUGCUCGCCUCGUCUCGCGACAAGAGGAAGGCGAGCUUCUAGGCCAUAAACGAGCGUUCAUGGCUUCGGUCAAGGAUUGGAAGACUUGGGGCUUCAUGCUAGUCUACGUUCUACUGAACGGAGCGGGCACUAUCAGUUAUUUCUUCCCGACUUUGAUGACUUCUCUCGGAUAUAGGGGACGAAACGCGCAAUUUAUGACUGUACCCAUCUAUGUGGUCGCACUCGUCGUUUCUCUCGGUAUGGGUUGGAACGCCGAUCGGACCAAACAGAAACCAUGGCAUAUCAUCGCGGCAACGGUCUUGUCGACCGUAAGCUUCAUCCUUACCGUUGCCAUAGGUAACCCGGACGUCAAAUUCGCAUUCAUCUGUUUCGGAGGAGCGGGGAUCUGGACCGCCGUUCCGCUGUUUUUAAGUUGGAUGGUGGGCAACUUCGAAGGCAAAGAGAAGAGGGCGAUCUCGAUCGCCAUGAUCAAUGGAUUUGGUAACCUUGCAUCAGUCUAUGGAUCGUUUAUCUGGCCCAGAUCCGAUGGACCGAGAUAUGUACCAGGGUUUUCUACCACUACUGCCCUGGUCGCCUGCGCCGGAGCAGUCGUCUUCGGGCUCAAAUGGAAAAUAGCGAGGGACGUCAGUCGCGCGGCUUCGAGGCCCGACAUGUGA